AUGGCAACCACACUUGAAUGCUUUCGUGAUGAUCACCCAAACGAACCGCUGAUAGCGUAUCGGAUCUACCUCGGCUUUUUUCUAAUACUCUUCACUGUAAUAUCGUUCAUACUCAACCUAAUGCUACUCAUUAUCGUCACAAGGACAUCGAUACUAGAUCGAUUAUUUUCCUUCCAUGUGAUCAGUUUUAUUGCGUCCAGUAUUGUCUAUCUAUUCGCCAACAGUUUAGCGUUAAUACCUACUGUGGUGGGAUCCUUAUACCUCAAAGAUCCUUGGAAUUAUAUACUCUCAACGGGUGAUAAUCUCGGUUAUCUGGCUUUAAUGUUCACUACAACAAAUGUUGCUGUCGAUCGAUUUUUGCUCUUCUUUCUACCACAGAUUCAACGAUACAUGGCUACAAGAACAAUAGUGUACGCUUGCUUUGCAUAUAUUCCAUGGUUUUUUUCAAUUUUAAUAACAGUUCAUAUGGCUGGAGAAGGAUGUUUGACUCGAACAAAUCCUUAUACGCUGACGUUCACCUACGGAUGCAGUACCUGCAAAUUCUAUGGUCCAGUAUUGAACCAUUUCGGAUUCAUUUUUCCAACGAUUAAUUUUAUCUUAUACGUGUUUAUCUACAUCCAAAUCAUUGCUGUUCGACUUCGCUUGGAUGGUGUCGUAAAAAGUGAUAAAUGGCAACGUAGACGUAAAGAUAUCAUAUUGGUGUUUCAAUUCUCGUUGAUAUGUGCUCUACAAUUCGCAAGCAGUGCACUUUUCUACAUUCUCCCUCCACUUCUUCCCGGAAACGAUCUGGCUUAUCAUUUCCCGAUGAUCAUCUCGACGAUGAACACGAUGACAAAUCCUGUGGCGAUGCUAUUGUUCCAACCACGUCUUCGCAAAGCUUACACGUCCUUGAUAACAAAAUUCAGUGUUGCGCCUAGUGUAGCGCAAAUAUCGGUAGUUCCCCUUUAG